GUUAUGUUUUGAGUCUUGAUUUGACAAUCAAUGAAUAGAAUUUUCUAUGGCAAAUGUUUUUCGUCUAUUCAAUGAAAUACUUAUAUAUUGCCUAAAGAGUAUACCUAUUAUAAAUACUUUUUUUUCCCGUAUUAAGUUCUAACCUUAAAUGAAACCAAGUUCUUGUAUAGAGUUUGUUAAAUUUUGACGCCAGUUCGACGACGUCAACACCAUAUGCUAAGAUUUCGGCAUGGUUUUACUAGAAAAUGAUGUGUUUUUAAUUGAGCUUAACAAGUUCUUUGAAAAAUCAAGACAGACUGGCUCUGUGUCUCUCACAAUAAAGAGAUACAAUGGACAUAACAGACCAAAGCCUAGAGAAGGUAGACCAGCUUUGCCACCACCAGCUGAGUACCUCUGUUUAGUCCGAGCUAAUUACAAAUCAAAGAAACUUUCCACUGUUAUUCACUCUAAGGAUGUAAAUAAAUUCCAAUUAGCAUACUGGAACUUGCUGAAAACAAAUAUAAAUGGACUCAAGAAAUUAAAAAAAAUCAAAACAGUAAAACCUAAGGCUCAUUGAUAGUUCAAGUAACCAUUAUUAUUUUUAUAAUUAUUUGUGAUUUUGUACUAUAAAUAACAAUAGAUCAUUUAUUAUGCAUCUUGUGAUUGUCCAGUUGAGUGGGUAGUUCUGAUAAAAAAUAUUAUGAGAAGACAAUUUAGAUGCAAAUUUUGGCUUUAUUACAAAUAUUUUUCAUAUUUAUUAUUUAUUUUUUCUUGAAUUCCAUAACGUCGAAAUAUGGGCAUAACAAUAUCCAUGGUAAACUCAUAUUAUCGGCUGUUACCAAACACUGAUUGACACAUUUUAAAAGAAGAUUAUCCUAUAUAAAUGUAAAAUUCAUUAAACUAUAUAACAGAAAGUUUUAAUAACAAUAAAAAUUUAUAUACCUUGAAGCAGUAAUCACAAGUGAAUAAACAAUCAUCAACUUUAUCCAAAGGUCUUCCAGUUACCCACAUAUUGAUUAGAAUUAGAAAAAUACUAAUAAUAAGUUGAAAUUCUAAAAAUAUAAUUAUAAACAUUGCUUUAAAAGGUUGGAAUAUUGAAAAAAAUAUUCAUGUUUAAUAUAUAACAAUAAAAAUCUUACUCAUUUAAAAAUC